AUGCAAACACCAACUGAUGGGGUGUUAACCGCCAGAAGUAGGUCAUCGCCACAAAGGAGCAGUUAUUUUCACAGCUCGAGGUAUCCUCCCGUAAGCUUGACCUCUGCACUUCGACAGUCUGCAUUGCGAAGCUUGUCUAAAAGAAAAAUCCCACAGUGCACCCCCUUGGAGGAAACUCUGGAUCCGGCACAGGCUGCUUUGAUUCUUCAAAAACAAUGGACUCUGUUCAGCGUGACACUGAUGUAUAAUUUCUCAUACACCAGACUGAAGGAAUAUUCCAAGCACCUGUCUGCCCACAUAACUGCCGAGAAGCAGAAGGGUCUUGUCAUUGAAGUGGGCUCAGAGCUGAACCUAAAAGCCAAAUUUUCCUGUUUACCUGGACUCAAAGAAAAGGACAGAGAUUCACUGGCUGUGCUCAUACAGAUUUCAUCCAAGCCUCCACUCACCAAGGCAAGCACAGAGGACGAU